CGGCAUCAAAAUGCGUCAAUUGAAGGGAAAAGUUAAGGAAAAUCGCAAGCAGCGCAAAGAACGCAAAUUGGAAAACGUCGAAAUACAAAAUCAAAUGAAAACUGUGGUCUUGCCCAUUAUGGGUGUUUUGGCAUUGAUAAUUGUGGCAUUUGUUUAUGUAAAAACCAGACCUUCCGUAAUGGCCUAAAGUAAGAAACUCUCCCGUCCGCAGUUAAUGAGACAUUGACUCAAAAGUUCAAUGAACCAUAGAAAUAUUUAUUGUUAUUAGUUGACAGACAGUAUAUAAGAAAUUAUUUAGAACUACUUCUAAUGUAAUUAUGUGUAUUUGCAUUUUUUAAAUUCAUAAGAUUUUUAAAUUGUUUAUUUUUUAUAUUAAAAACACCUAUUUUUUAUUUUAAAUAAAAUAUAUGUAUUUAUUGGUAAACAAUUGUUAUUAAA